AUGAACAAGUAUUUUUAUGAGCUGAAAGACUUGCCAGAAGAGAAAAGAAUCGCUCUGCUCAAAAAGGCUUUGAGGGCCGAUGAUAGUGGCGGUUCUGACACCGAAGAUGACGACUUGGCUUUCAACUCUGACGAUGAAGAAGUUUUAGAUUUAGAGAUUGAAGCCGUCGAAGCGGAAGCAGAUGCAGAAGACGCAGAUCAGAAUGAAGAGGAAUCGGAGUCGUCCGCCGACGAAGAAAGUGAGGGAGAUGACAAUGAAGACAUCGAGUUUGAAGAAGGCUUCAUUGACCAAGACGAAGACGAUAGUGAAGACGACGAUGCCAUUGAAGACGAGAUCGAAAACUCAGAAGCGAAUUCCAAUUUUAGCUCGAUGCAGUCUGAUCACGGCGAUUCGGACGCAGUGAUUGACGAAAUUGAGAAAUACAACUUUUUCGAAAUGGAUUACUUCUUUCAAGAGAACUUCUUGAUCAGCCACGUGUUAGACUACACGUAUGGAGAUUACCGCUCUGACGAAUACGACAGAUCUGGAUUACUGUAA